AUGCGCACGCGAUGCCACGGCCCGAAUAUACCGGGUUUGCCUUCCGCAUGCCUGAGAUGGGUUCUAUUACUGCUGGCACUCUGGCUGGACCAGGUGCAGGCAAUGAAAAAUAAUGAAAUACGCGAUCUGAGAUUACAAACGGAACAGAUGUUCUAUCAUGGCUACGACAAUUAUAUCAAAUACGCGUUCCCGGAAGACGAACUCCGCCCUCUUACAUGUGGCCCCCUCACGCGCGAUCGCGAUCAUCCCGAGAGAAUUGAACUCAAUGACGUCCUCGGUAAUUACUCGUUGACUAUGAUUGAUAGUCUAUCGACUCUUGGUAUACUGGCAUCAAGCAAUGACACGGGAUCGCGCGCAUGGUCAUAUUUUGAGAAUAGUGUACAGGAGAUUGUUCGAUUGUAUGGUGAUGGUAGUCAGGGCCCCGAGGGCCAGGGAGAAAGAGCGCGAGGGUUUGAUUUGGAUAGUAAAGUUCAGGUUUUUGAGACAGUUAUACGUGGGUUAGGCGGCUUGCUUAGUGCGCACCUUUUUGCGGUUGGCGAUCUACCGAUUCGAGGUUAUAAUCCAUCCACCGAAGCUACCGAAUAUGCAAAAGCUUGGAACAAGAGUGGUUUCUCAGCAUCGAAAAAUUCGAAAGGGAUCGUUUGGUCGAAUGGAUUUAUUUACAACGGACAAUUGCUGCGACUUGCUCGCGACCUCGCGGAUCGUCUGCUCCCAGCUUUUUAUACCCCGACAGGGCUUCCUUAUCCUCGAGUGAACCUUCGUUAUGGUGUGACUUUUUAUGACAAUUCGCCCUUGAGCAAGGGUUAUCCAGGCCAGAAGACUGAUGACCGAAAGAAAUAUACGACACGAUAUCAAUCGAGACCAGAAGUCACCGAAACAUGCAGCGCGGGAGCAGGAAGUCUUGUCUUGGAGUUUACGACUUUGAGUCGUUUGACGGGUGAUGGUCGUUAUGAAGAUCUGGCUAAACGUGCCUUCUGGGCUGUUUGGUUAAGACGAAGCGAGAUUGACUUGAUUGGUGCUGGUAUCGAUGCAGAAACCGGCAACUGGGUGGCACCAUUUACAGGCAUUGGAGCUGGAAUUGACAGCUUCUUUGAAUAUGCUUUCAAAGCAUAUGUUCUUUUGUCAACCGGAGAACCACCCGAAUUUGACACUGGCAGUCCUUGGAGCAUCAUGGACAAUUAUUUCAUACCACUGGAACAAGCACACCACUCUCCUGAAUUCUAUCUUCAGGUCUGGCAAGACGCCCAAGAUGCUAUCAAACAUCACUUAUAUCGCGGACAUGGCUAUCAGCAUCCGCAUUACGUACAAGGAGAUCUGCAAACGGGCGCGACCAGAGCGUUCUGGAUAGACAGCUUGAGUGCCUUCUAUCCCGGUGUUCUUACCUUGGCGGGGAGAAUCGAGGAAGCAACCGAGAUACAUUUACUGGCUACCGCUUUAUGGACACGUUUUUCUGCCCUACCGGAGCGAUGGAAUGUUGCCACAGGAGAAAUAGAUAACGAUCUGGGGUGGUGGGGAGGCCGCCCUGAGUUCAUCGAGUCUACAUACUAUCUGUACCGGGCAACAAAGGAUCCCUGGUACCUCCAUGUUGGUGAAAUGGUCUUGCGCGAUAUUAAACGCCGUUGCUGGACAAGAUGUGGCUGGGCAGGACUUCAAGAUGUUCGCACGGGCGAACUACAAGAUCGCAUGGAAAGCUUCUUUCUAGGAGAAACAGCUAAAUAUAUGUUCCUCCUUUUCGACCAGGAUCACCCAUUGAACAAUCUGGAAGCACCUUUUGUUUUCACAACGGAGGGCCAUCCACUGAUAAUCCCGAAAAGCGGCCCAAAAACUUCGUCAUCGACACAUGACUCUAAUUCUGAACAAGUGGUGGCCGAAGUAUGCGAGGUUGCUCCUGUACCUCCUCCAUUCAGCUUCUCUUCUACUGCAGCGCGGCCGGACAUUUUUCAUGCGGCGAGUCUGGCGCGUUUGCACCUCAUGCCUGGUCGAAAUGAAGUAGGCGGUGCCUUAUUUGGCUUUGCACAUGACCAUCCAAGCGUAACUGUUUCCGAUCUGUUCUCGCCGUCCAACUAUACAUUUUACCCCUGGACUCUACCUUCUGAACUGGUGCCUUACAAUGCGAUGAGCUCUCCGAUGUCGAUACGACCCACGCUCGACAUCUCGUUCCCAAAAUUGCCAGGCAUGAUAGUUGGAUCGGGGUCAAUGGAAAGAGUACAGGACGGAGUUUUUCUCAAGUCAAUUGGCGGCAUGCGACUUGGAAUGGUUCAGGACAUGCCAUUGCGUAUUGAUGAUGAUUCUGCCGGGGUUUACACGGACCUGUUCCGAAUCCAGGUGAUCAACAAUGUACCGCUUGGUAGGGACGAAAAAGUCUACUUGUCGCGUGAACUUGUGUUUGAUGUUCUCAGUCCAAAUGAUCCGCAUUUUUCCCGUGUGCGCGAUCCAAUUAUCCUCGACAUCGUCAUUGAUGUUGAGCCGGAAUCGACAAGGACAAAGAACAAGAAUCAUACAAAAGCAUCUCGCCAUCAAACUCACAAUCAAGAACCAGCUAUUAUUCAACAAGAAUCGACCGCGUUUUCUGAUAAAGAAACGCUCCUGAAGGGUCGAAUAUCUCCAGCGUUAAGCGUGCGAACAGCAUUAUCCGCAUUAAUGGACCAUAUUUCUACUAUGCUAAGCGAUGAUAACAGCAAUGACCUGGACAAUGGCAAUGAAAAUGGAUAUUAUGGCAGUGUGCAGAGCUCUUUGUUCAAGAAGAGGCCGUCUAGUGGUGUACCUACUACACGACUUGUACUUCCGGCCAUCAACUCGGUUGGAGCAGGAUCGGCGCCUAUUCCUGAUAUUGCAGAUGCCGCUGUGUUUUCACACACUGGUAAACCAUCGGCGACACGUCUGACAUGGUCAAAGAUAUACUUGACCGAUGAGCUCUGUGACCAUCGUUUACCGGCGGAUGUGCCUCGUGAAUACCAGGUGCUGAUAGUUAAGCGUGGAGGAUGUUCAUUUACCGAGAAACUGAAGAAUAUUCCAGGGUAUCCUAACUCGGGAAGCAGCAACAACAACAACAACAACCACCUCCAACUCGUCAUUGUCGUAUCAUAUCCAGAACAUGAUGCAGGUCCAUCAUCUUCCUUCUACCACGAUGACGGUAAGACCUUUCAAGCCAGCGACGAACAGAAUUUCUACGAAGAACGGUAUUAUCACCGACCAUUCACAUCCACAAACCCACAACAAAUGCAAGCCCGAGCAGCACUGGCCUCCGAGGGUAUGCUUGUCAGGCCGCAUUUGGACGAGAUACAAACGACUUCAAGCGGGUUGCCGCGACGGGAGCCCAUUAGUAUGAUUAUGGUCGGGGGUGGGGAAGAGACGUAUGAGUUGUUAAGGAAUUCUACCGGGCUUGGGAUUAGGAGGAGAUAUGUUGUGAAGAGCCAAGAUGUCCCGAUUGGGAAUUUGUAUAUAAUAUAG